CGAAAUUAGAUAAUGUAAAUACCAAAGGAUUAUAAAAAAUUAUGAGCAGCACAUAAAGAAAUAAAAUUUAAAAAAAAGAAAAUUGUGGAAAAAAUCGUUUGAAAUCAGACACACAGCAAAGUGCUAAAAAAUCCCUGGAAGUAUGCAACGUUAACUCAAACAAGAGAACGCACGUUAGCUCUGUUACUUUAUAAGUUCGAAUUUCCGUGAGAAACGCCAGCUAAAAGCAACACAUAGCAACGCCAGCUUAAGUCUCGCAUGCAGCUGUGCUUAAGCGCCCACUAAUAUGGCUCACAAGUGUAUUUAUGUAUGUGUGCUGAAAAAAAUUUAAAUAAAGCAGCAGAGUGUGAGUGAAAACUAAUAAUAACAAAAGCAAAGCCGGAAUGCAAACAGAAUAAACAAAACAAAAAAAGUGUAGAAAAAAUACUGGAAAAAAACAAACAACAAAAGUGGGCUAACAAGCGAUAAACACAACAAAAGUGAGUUAUUAAAAAUUAUGUAAAAAGCUACUGUAAGCAAAUGCUGCUAAUAAAUGCCAACAACAAGAAAAAAUACAUAAAGUAAAAACAAAAAAAAAAAUCCUUGAAAGAAAUUUCCGCAGUGAAUAAAAGUGCAAAAGUAGUAAAAAAUGCAAAUUAAUUAAAACCACGUGUGUACAAAAACAAAAAAAGCGAAAAAUCGCAAAGCAAAUACACACGCAGUAAAUAGACGCGAUAAAAAGUGAGUCUCCCAGCUCAACUCAACUCAACUACACAAUUACAAACAGGCACCACUAAGCGCCAGCAAAGCAAAAAGAUAAACAAAACCUAUAUCCUCAAUACUGCUGCAGCACUUUGCACCCUCUGCACCCUCUCCACCCCCACAGCUGCCCCAACACACGCACUAGACGCAAUCAAUGCCCACUAGACAAGCGCGCCGCUCCAAAGUGCACUCGAAGUAUACACAGCUGCACCGCUAAAGCCCUGCGCUCCACACUCCACUUCGCUCCAGCUGCAGCAGUCAUUUAUUAAACGCAAAAAAACUUCAAGCAAAAUAAAUAUAAAAAAAAUCAUUGCAUACUUUUCUGCUUGCACUAUUUAACUACGCGCUCACUCGCCUGGCGCUUCCACAAGCAGGAGCGGCAGCUCGACGCUUCAGUGGGAAUAAAACGCGAAACGAUAAUUUCAGAAAAGGUACUUCAGUAAUGCGAAAAGAAAUAUGUUGCAUCCAAAAUUUAAAGCCUGACUUCGUAAAGCCUCUACCUACUUUAGAACCGAGCAGCUUCUUUACAUUUAUGCCGCUUACUAAAUAAGACAACUUUUUGAAGAAAACUGUACAAAAAAGGUGCCAAAACUCAAAUAAAUAAAAGUUGUCUCUUUUGGAAUAAAUAACUAAAAAGUUCAUAUUUAUAACAACUGCAUUAUCAUAAGCGCAAUUCGAAGUUUAGGCUAAACUUCUAAAGCUUCGAAGCAAUCUAAUAGGCUACAACAACAAAUCGUCUGUAAGUGAUGAAGUCAUGAGACCGACAUUUGAUCGACGCCUCUGGAUAUUACUGUACAUUCUACUAAUACAAUGCAUUGUCAUUACAAAUCAGCAAAACAUCAUCAAAUCACAGAAUUUCCACCUACAACAACAGCCGCACUACAGCGACGCAGGCGCACGCCGAGGCGGUCAAACUGUCGCCGCGUCUGCGCCUGCGUCGGCAGCGGCGCCGUCUACAGGUCACAGCAUAUCAACAGCAAGUCGUGUGACAAGCAGCGAAAGUGUUGCGUGGAGGUCAGUAGCUGACAAUAAGCUGCCAGUGUCGCAGCUAGCUGCCGACGAGCAGCGAAAACAACAAACACAACAAAAAUGUGCCAAAUUUAAUUGUGUAGCCGUCGCAAAGACAAAUGUAGGCGCACACCACUACGCCUCCACUCUUUCCUCUUCAAACGCUGCGCACUCUCUUGCGGGCGCAGCGCUCAGCAGUCAAGCAACAAAAUCAAAUUACUACAAUUAUAAUAGCCAACAACACCAUGAUCAUCUGCAGCAGCCAUCCCAAUUAGCCGCGCUGCGCACGCGUUUUGAUGCAACAGGCGCGCCUGGACUGCGGCAACAAGCGCUUGAAACUCCGGCCAACUUACAGGAGCGCCAUGUGAGCAAUAAUAAUAAUAAGAAGCCAGCAGUGCGUGCGCAAUGGUCGCAGUUGUUGAAGUCACAGUCUAAAGAACACCAGCGGGUGCAUGUGGCACACAAAAGCCAACACAAGGAGGUGAAGCGGCACCGCGCGGCGGCGGCUGACGAAUUUUGGAGAGCGCAUGAGAGCGCGCAGAAACUGCGCUGGGCACAUGAAACUAGCGCUGCUAUUAAACGUCGCCUACGACGUUCCACCGAUGCCAUAAUAUUGUUGCCAGCGCUGAAUUUGGACGCCGCUGAGCAAGUUGACAGUAUGAGUGCAGAAAUACUGAAUGAUGAGCGCGUGCAUUUGGUGCGUCGCUCAAUUAGUGAGAGCAGCAGUGAGAGCGCCGGUGUGGCGACUGCGAGCGCCACAACACAAGUUGAAACGUCAGCGCAAGUUGCCACUUCUUCGGCAUCCACUGACGUCGCUGUGUCUACGUCAGCUGCUGUAGUUUCUUCCGCUUCCUCGCUGUCUACAUCCUCCCUCGAGGACUUUAGUUUCUCCUCUCCCGUUGUUGACACGCAACCUAGCGCCAUCUAUCGCAACUCAACAACGAAUCCGCUUGUCGCCGAUGCCGCUAAACCCAUUCAAUAUGUCGCGCUCAAGUCGAAGCGCGCACGCUCGGCUGUUAGCGUUAGUGUGCCCGCCGAGGUGCUUCGUAAACCGAAGGAACCGAUUAUCAUUAUCGAUGAUGUGGAGGAAUUCGAUAGCGGUACAAAUAGUGAACACGACCUAACCGCUAUGGCCACAGUGGAUGAUAAAAGCGAAGACUACUCACACGACGAGCCAAUUGAGCCGCGCAUGCUGCCGCUACGUCCAGUGCUGCCCAAUCCGUAUGAGGAUGAGGAAAUGUCAGUUGUUUAUGCAGAGCAACAUUCCGAGAUACGGCUGAUGUGCGAAGUCGAUUUGGAUAUCGCGUCCAGCACGUGGUACAAAAACGGACAGGUGGUACAUGCCAUGGAUCGCACCUCACGCGCCACCGAUUAUCGUUUCAUUAAGGAGCCAAAUGGUGCGCUCACCAUCACAAAUGUCAUGCUCGAGGACGAUGGCAAGUGGCAAUGCGAGGCGGAGAAUUUGCGCAGAUACACGGAGAAUGCGAGACCCGUCAAAUUAGUAGUAUUAGAUCGCCCGAAGCCACCGUAUUUGUUGAUCGAUUCACGGCGCCUAGACGCAGGCAACAUUUUUGUACCGGUCAAAGAGAAUUCCGAAUUGAAUUUGGCUUGCGUGAGUGAAGGUGGCAAUCCCAAACCGACACUCACGUGGGAGGUUUUACUCAGCCCUGGCGUGGAUCGACAUGCGCAGAAAGUGUCCGCUGAAGUGUUGGAACUGGAGGAAGUGAAGAAUGACAAGGACAAAAACGCAUACAAAAUCAAUGGCGGCGCGAAAAGUGAGGCUCGCUUGCCGGCUGUCUACCGUGCCCAUCACAAUGCUCGCAUUCUGUGCGUUAUGGAGCAUCCGACGUUGAAGAUACGCCAAAAUGCAUCACUGCUGCUCGAUGUGCAAUAUACACCUUCAUUCGCCAUUUCACGCACGCCCGGUUUCGGCUAUCCGCUGCGCGAAGGCAUCGAAGUUUCGCUGAAAUGCGAUGUUGACUCAAAUCCGCCGAGCACGCCGCGUUGGCAGAAGGACGAUGGUGACACGCCGGUUCCACAAACUGGCGAUGGUUUCCUGAACUUCACAUCGAUACGUCACGAACACUCCGGCUGGUAUAAAUGCACGUCACGACAUUUGAACUUUCAAUACUCAUCGAUUGGCUAUUAUUUGAGUGUGCGAUAUGAUUCAGUUGACGUCACUUCCGAGCCGGACGAUCAGGACAUCUCAGUCGCAGCGGCCUCACAUAAUCCCAAUAAAGGACAGCUGGAGGUGCAAUUAGGUGGCGCAGUGACGUUACAGUGUCCGCAAGGUUCCUUAGGCUGCUGGUCGCAUUUAGAUCCGGUAACCGCACGUUUACGUGGCUUAGGUCACGGUCUAACCACACCCACCGGUCAAUUUUCACUCAAAGAUGUUGUCUACCACGAUGCGGGCACCUACAAAUGCAUCGGGCAAUCGCCAACGAAUAAGAAGAAGCUAGAGGUGCUGCAGACGGUGGGCGUGACGGUGAAAGGCUCUCCCACCGUUGUGGCACGCAAUUCCACACCAGUCGCCUACCCCGGAUCGCCGCUGCAUUUAGCCGUUGAAUUCUGUGCCAAUCCACCCGCGCAUGCCGCGCGCUGGCUGCACGGCGAUCGAGUCUACACGCCCGGCAAUCAAUAUGGCAGCACUGUGCUGGCCUACGGCGUAACGGACCUGCCCACGCCGUACUGCAAGGAGGCGCGGCUCACCUACGUCAGCAUGCACGAGCGCGUGCCGCGCACUUUCUACUUCAUCGUUUCGUCGCCCGGUGGCGUGGCCGAGGCGACAUUCAAGGUCAACUUUACGAUGCGUUAUCGCGCCGUCUCCAACACAGUGGACGAUGAGGAGGAAGAGCUGAGCGAGCCCGAGGAGAUACACUUCCCGGUGUUCGGUGCGGGUGCGGCGGCGCGUAGUGCGCGUCAGCAGCUUGACGGCGCCGGCGCUUUAGCGUGCAUACUUGCGGCAUUUGUGCUGCUGCUGUGCAAUGAGCGCGCGCAUAGUAGGCGUGGCUGGAGUUAGGUGGUGUGUGUUAAUUACGUUUGGGUUUUUUUGUAAUAUUUUUCGUUUUUGUUUUUUAUUCAUUUCUAACUAACGCAACUUCAAAACUAGCUUGUAAUGCCAACUGUAUGUCUAGAGAGCGAGAGAGAGAGUAUUAGCGAAUACUAUAAAAUCAAAUUACUACUAACGUCUAACUAUAUAUACAUACACAUAUAUAUUUAUAUAUAUAUGACUAUGCUAGAAUAUCCUAAACCAUUACUAAAUAAGCGUAUAUUUGAGCAAAAACGAAGAGAAAAACUUGAAAUUUUCCAAAAUGAUUAUGUGUGCUAUCCUAUCCUAAACUAAACUAAACUAUAUUGUAUACAUACUGCAUACCCCAACUAUCACAUACAUGCAUGCUUAGUUAACUAAGUACAUACUUAAGUACAUUAUAUACUAGCAUUGAACUAUGUAGCUCAAAACAAAAAACCAAAAAAUGCAUAACUUAAUCCCCUUCCACUAGCCAAGUGUAACUACUUUAGUAACUACUUACAACCUAGCACUUGCUAACUACAUUAUAUGGUACAUACAUACAUUACCUAGUUAAGUAACGACUUCGGCAAUUAGUUUUCUAAGGUUGCGGCAAAUCGUUUUUUGGUUUUUAGGCUACCACACUAACUAUCAACCUACGAAUGUACUUACUACUAGUUGCGUAAACAAAUAAAUGUUCUUUUAUUACUCUAACGCAGCGGUAUUGAGCAAAUAGUCUGCUGCGCGCCAAAAAGUGUGCUAAGCAUUAUGUUUAUAUCAAACUUUGUACGUACAUCAUUUGCAUACAGUUACAAGCCGUUAUAAAAUAACGCUUCGCCUAUUAGUUAUUAAUUGCUUCAAUGUACAGCUUAUGCAUUUUCUAAGCAUAGUUUUAGGCUGCCGAGUUUUGUGUGAGGUAUGUUACUAUACAUAUAGUAGCGCCUGUGCUCUGGAAGGAGACUUUAGUAUAACGAAGUUGCUGCCAAAUUAAACUAAGUAGUGUAAAAAUUAGUUUUUAAACUGUUUUAGUUAUAACUUAGAAAAAAAUAUUAAAAAUGCUUAACCGCAACAAGCUGUAUUAAUUUUAGAAAUAUUUUUUGAAUUAAAAGUUUAAAAUUUUGAUAUUUCCAAAAAAUAAAAAUAUUCACUAUUCUGCAUGAAUUUCGAAAAUAUUUUUCGAAAA